AUGCUGUUGGAACUGAAACUAAAUCGCUUUCGACAGCAAGCAUUUUGUAAUGGCCUCUCUGCUCUAGCCCUUAAGGCUUCGUCCUUACCAUACAAAAUGAGAGUAAGCACAGUGCUUUUUGCAGGAACAAGUUUGGAUGUGCUCUUCCACUUGUGGGAUGAGGGAGAUCGUGAAGGAAGAAUCUUAAAUCGUUUCUCCAAGGAUAUUGGCCACCUGGAUGACUUGCUUCCGUUGACGUUUUUGGACUUCGUGCAGGUGGAAUUUGUAAAAGUUCCAGAGAGAGAUUCCGUUCGUCUGGCACUCCUUAUAUCUGUUGGAUUUCUUGUUUGCUUUUCUUACUGUGAAAGAGGGCAAAGAAAUACUUUGAUAGUUUUUUAUUUUGUUUCUAUUGUGUUGCAGACUCUCCUACAGAUUUUUGGUGUGGUGGCUGUGGCUGUGGCAGUGAUUCCUUGGAUACUCAUCCCCUUAAUUCCACUAUUUAUUCUUUUCAUUUUUCUUCGACGAUAUUUCUUAGACACUUCAAGAGAUAUUAAACGUCUAGAAUCCACAACUCGAAGUCCAGUGUUCUCCCACUUGUCGUCAUCUCUCCAGGGACUUUGGACUAUUCGGGCUUUGAAAGCAGAGGAAAGAUUUCAAAAAUUAUUUGAUGCACACCAAGACCUCCACUCAGAGGCCUGGUUUCUAUUUUUGACGACCUCGAGGUGGUUUGCUGUGCGUCUGGAUGCCAUCUGUGCCAUUUUUGUUAUAGUGGUUGCUUUUGGUUCCCUGCUUCUCGCCAAGACUUUGAAUGCGGGGCAGGUUGGUUUGGCGCUAUCCUAUGCAAUCACCCUCAUGGGAACAUUCCAGUGGGGUGUUAGACAAAGUGCUGAAGUUGAAAACCUGAUGAUAUCAGUAGAAAGAGUAAUGGAAUACACAGAACUUGAAAAAGAAGCUCCUUGGGAGACCAACAAGCAUCCGCCACCUGAAUGGCCAAGCCAAGGAAUGAUAGCAUUUGAAAAUGUUAACUUCACUUACAGUCUAGAUGGACCUUUGGUGUUAAGACAUUUAUCUGUUUUAAUUAAACCAAAAGAAAAGGUUGGAAUAGUGGGAAGAACCGGAGCUGGGAAAAGCUCUCUGAUAGCAGCCCUCUUUCGCUUGGCGGAACCCGAAGGAAGGAUUUGGAUUGAUAAGUACUUGACGUCAGAGCUAGGGCUCCAUGACUUGCGAAAGAAAAUUUCAAUUAUACCUCAGGAGCCUGUUUUAUUCACUGGAACUAUGAGGAAAAACUUAGAUCCUUUCAAUGAAUACACCGAUGAAGAGCUGUGGAAUGCCUUGGAAGAGGUGCAACUGAAGGAGGUUGUGGAAGAUCUACCUAAUAAAAUGGAGACGCAGCUGGCAGAAUCUGGGUCUAAUUUUAGCGUUGGUCAGAGACAGCUGGUGUGUCUUGCCAGAGCAGUUCUAAAAAAAAAUCGGAUCCUUAUCAUUGAUGAAGCAACAGCAAAUGUGGACCCAAGAACAGAUGAGUUCAUUCAAAAGACGAUCCGUGAAAAGUUUGCUCACUGCACAGUGCUGACCAUUGCACACCGCUUGAAUACCAUUAUUGACAGUGACAGGAUUAUG